AUGAAAUUCGCUGUAUUCUUAUUAAAUCAUAUUAUACCAGAAUGGGCAUUAAUGUAUUUGAACUAUAAGGCCAUUAAAGCAUAUUUUUCAACUUCAGGAGCACUUAAAGAUUUCUUACUCUAUGCCAAAAAAACUAAGACACCUUAAGAAUACAAAGAAAUAAAGAAAAUUGUUAUGGAAAAAACUUAUAUCAUGUCAAAAAUUGUUGUUGAUUAAAAAGAAUUUAUUAAAAAGUUUAAUUUAGAAUUGUUUAAAAUCAAGUCAUUUGUAAAUGCCAAAUAUAAUGAUUUGAAAGGUAAGACUUAUAAAAUAUAAUUAUAAUUAAUGUCAAUGAAUAGAUAUUAAAAAUAAUUAGAAAGAAGCAAAAAGAUUUCAUCCAGUAGAUCUAAUUCUUAAGUAUCUGAAGAAUUAACUGAGUAGUUAACUACUUAAUAAAUCAAAGUUAGACAAUCUGAAUUUAAUUAAAAUUCUAAAAAAUUAAAAGAAUUAUGUUUUCAAUUAUAUAAUGAAGGUGUCAAUUUUGAAAAAUAUUUAAAAGUCAAUCAAGAAGCUAUUAGAAAAAUAUUAAAAAAAUAAAAUAAAAAAUCUAUUAAAAUUAACUCAGAAGAAAUCAAUAUAGAUGAAUGCAAAAAGAUGGUCUAAGAAAUCAAUUUUAACCUUAAACAUAAUAAAGUGAAAUAAUUAUUAUUUCAAGUUGAAAAGUAUCUUUUAAAACACUUCUAUCAAACUAAAUAAAAAAAUUGUAAAGAAUAACUACGUAAAUAUUAAUUUCAAGAUGUUAAAAACAAUAAAGCAUGGUUUUAAUUUGGAUUAUUCACAGGUUUUUCAUUUAUGUUAAUGUCUUUCAUCAUAUUUUUAGCAACUUAAAAAUAAUUAAAUAUUUUAAACAAUAAUAUUAUUUAUGAAUCAUUUCCUAUUUACAGAGGUGCUUUAUUAUUUAUACUUUAUUAUUGGUCUUUAACAAUAGUCAUUCAUUUAUGGAAUUUAUCCAAAAUUAAUUAUAAAUUAUAUUUUAACUUUAAUCAUCAUUUCUCAACAAUUAAUGAAUAAUUAAAAAGGGUUAUGACAUUAACUUCAAUAUUUUUAUUAGUUAGUCUUUUUUAUAUAUGUGAUGUUUCAAAAUUAGGCAUAAUAUUUGAAAAUCUCUAAGGAGAAGAAUAUUUUCCAUUGGUAAUUUGGGCUUCUCUUUUAGUUAUUAUUGCAUUUCCAUCAAAAGUUUUUAUUAAUGGAAAAGGUAGAAUGUGGCUCUAUCGUAAUUUAUUACAAUCUUUAAAUGCAAAAUUAAUAGAGCAACGCCAUUUUUUCAUAAUUAGUCAAUUUACUUCAUUAAUUAUUCCAUUUUCUGAUCUCACAUAUACUCUAUGUGAGUAUUCAAAAGGAGUAUUUUAUUUAUUUAUACUAGAUUUAAAAUUAAGAAGAGAAUGAUAUCAAUUAGUAUGAUGAAUGCUUUUUUAUUUCAAGAUAUUUUACUUUAGUUUUAGUAUUAUUCCCAUAUCUUAUUCUAAUAAUUUAAAUCAUUUUUUUGACUUAAAAAUAAUAAAAUUCAAAUUUAUAUUUAUUUGAAUUCAUAAGAAAUGUAUUAUCCAUGACUCUAAUAGUUUUUGCAACAUUAUCUUAUGAAAAAGAAACCUUUUUUUUUUAUUGGUUUGGAAUAGCUAUUCUUAUAGGCUUUUUUAAUAUUCUGUUUGCUUUUAAAAAAUGGAGUUAUUUGGACUUAAAAGAUAAGAAAAAAAAAAAACAAUUGUUAACAAAUAAGCAAAAAUUAUUAAUUAUAUAUAUUCCUUUUGCAAUUUUAUAACCAUUAUCUAUAUCUACUUCAAUCUUUGGUUGUUUUGAUAAAACUGAAUAACACAGUCUUCUAAUAUUAUAUAUUGGAAUUGCUGAAUUGAUAAGAAGUAAAUUUAAAAUAUAAUUAAUAUUUAGGAAUGAUAAUUAAUUAUUAUAUUGUUGAUGCUGAACACUUUAAAAAUAAACAAAGAUAUUAAACAGUUGGUCAGUAUGAAUUUCCAUUUGAAGAAUGUUGUACAAAGAUACAAAAACAAUAGCUUUUGUAAGAUAAACUUUAAUUUAUUUAAGAUAAUAUGAAUCUGAUGAUAGUGAUAAUGAAACGAAUGAUAAAAAUCAAAGAAAAAUUGAUAUUGAUGUUAUCCUUACUCAAAAUGAACCUUAAUAAUAAAAUAGAACAGAUUUUGGACUUUUUAUAUAGGGUCAAUCAACAUUUAAUUAAUUUAAAACAUUUUAGGAACCAACAGAGAAAUAAGUUAAUUAAUUAAAAAUAUCUGAAUUAAUAGUAAAGGAAUCAGAGAAAGCUUUAGGGGAUAGUUUUUUAAAUUAUGAUAUAAACAAUUUUAAACCAGAUGAAUUAAAUUAAUUAAUUCAUUAUUAAUAGAUACCAGAAGGUGAUUUAUAGAGUUUACAUAUCAAUAAUAAGAAUUCCAAAGAGGAAAUAAAUAAAUUGUAUGAAGAAUUUGGAAUAAAAAUAAAAUAAUGA